AUGAGCUCAGGCAGCGGCAAAGUCAGUUUGAACCUGAGGUGGAUGACAGCAGCUGUGUUCCAGUUAUCAGUUGUCAGGACCAUUCUCUUCUUUGUCUUACUGGUGCUGUGGACAGAUGAGAAGUACGAUUAUGGAGAUGUCGCUUUCAUCAACCCCAACUCCUAUGUCAACAUCAUCAUUGGUGUGUCCACGUUCCUCUCAUUCUAUGGCUACCUCUUGUACUACAAGGCCACAAAGAGUUCGCUUCGUGGCUACAGCCUCCAGGGGAAGUUCAUCUGCAUCAUUGUGGUCCUGGUGCUGUUCGGACUGCAGAGUGGCAUUCUGGAGACCAUGGGGGCCCUCAACGUAAUCCCCUGUUUCCCUCCCUUCUCGGUUGACAUGCGCUCUCAGAUAAUUUUCAGUUACGCAGUCAUCGUCGAGAUGUUCUUCAUCAGCAUGCUGGCUCGCUACUGCUUUAGAAAAGUGGAGCCGUGCGGAAACCCUGGUGAUGAUGUGCCCAAGCCCACGUCACACAAGUCCAUACAGACAGAUGAUGCUGAGCUUGGCAGCAGUGACUGUGGCUUCUUAGACCCCGAUGGGUUCUCCCUGGGAAUGGGCCCAGCUUACAACAGUGACACAGAGGACACCCUGUGCAGGAUUGAACAUGCCCCAUUGGAUAGGUUUGACUUCAAGAUGGAUAAGCAACUGCUUGCGGACAACAUAUUUGUCUCGGUGCCUCUGAGCAAAAAGAUAAAUCCAACAGAGGAACUGAGCACCACUUGGAAUGAAUCCCGAGUUGUUAGCUCUGGAGCUGUUGAAAUGAACAAUGUGCAGGUGAAGGCACAGAUUAACUAUCAGGAUCCCUGUAAAGAUGUGACUAUGGUCUAA